GUAAUAGGUAAAAUGGAUUCAACAGAUAAAGAUUUAAAAAAGACAUCUAAUAUAGAGCAGAUGGCCUUAAUCGGCAAGAUGCAUAAUAUGCAGUGGCUAAAAAGUAAUUCUCAGUUCUCAGGCCACACAAAAACGCUUCCAGAUGGGAAAGACAUAAACAAUACGUUCAAAAGUAAAAUAAAUGAAGGAACAAAGGAAAAAAGUGAAAUUUCUUCAACUAACACUGUUUCAAACAGUCCUGAAUUAGAUGAGGUUGAUCUUACUUCAAAUAAAGAUAUAAAUGAAGACGAUAGUAUUAUAAAUAAAGAUUCACUUCAGUCAUCUUUAAAAGUUGUUGAUUUUUCUGAGAAAAGUAUGGAAACUGUUUGGAAUAAAGAUGUUAAUGUAACUAGUACAAUGUACCCAAAUUCUCAGUCUUUAGUCAUGCAAAGGCUGGAUAAACAAGAGAUGAUAAGUAUGUCUUUGGCAGAGAAUAUUGUUACAGUUCAAUUAGAACAAUUUAGACUUAACGAAGAGGAAAGGAAUAAGCCUGAUGAAUUGCAUAAUGAAGUUGAUAAUGAAUGGGAUAAUGUUCAUCACAAUAUGUCUGACUCACAGAAGUCAGACAGUGAAAUAGGUAAUCAAGUAAGCCCAAAGCAGUGUCAUGAUAACAACAAUAAUAAUGCAAAAUCCAAAAGUCAAUCACCACUAGAAACAAAGAAAAGCAUACAAAAGACAACUACAAAAAUUAGUACUAAAAAAUUAAGUGAUCAGAAAAUUAAAAAACAAGCAGGUAGUUCUUUAAAAGAAUCUUGUGCCCCUUCAAAACAGGGUUCUAAAUCUAAAGAUAAUUUGUUGAAUUUAUGUAAUGAUAGUAAUAUAACAUCAACUUCUACAGACUCGAAGAAGAUUACUGUAGGAACAUCUCCUAGACUAAUUGAUCAAUUUAGUAAAAUUCAUGGAUAUAGUAAGAACUUAAUUAUGGGAAAAGGGCCGCGAAUGAAGGAGCAACAGUUUUUUAAACAACAUUUUUCUACACUUAACGAUAGCGGUAAUAGAAGCAGAUCCUCUGUAGAAGGAAUAGAUGAAAAAAGUAAAUCUGUUACAACAAGAUUUAAGUCAGUUAAAAACGAGUCAGACAGAAGAAAUAACGAAGUAGAAGACACAAAGAAGUGUCACAAGGUUCAUGUAACACGUACUCAAUCUUAUAAUGUUCAAUACAAUAGAAAUAAACCAUUAAUAAAAUCACAGCAACGAUAUUUAAGAAAUGCAACCAAGCCAGAAGAAGAUGGUUCUAUUAAUACUUCAUCUGGUUUUAAUAACAAUAUUAGUAUGUCUAACUCAACCGAGAACGUAUCAAAGAAAAAAUGUGAAAAUCAACAACCUGUAAUUAAUAAGCAAAUUAGCGAUAUACAAUCUAAUCAGAGUACUUCAGGAAAGAACACCAGAAAUUCAAAUGUUCCAGAAUGCAGUAUAAAUGAGAGAAGUUCAGUAAAGUCGAACUCUGUACCAUGCAAACGAAAUUAUCAGAAUUUACCUAAUACGAAGAACACCACCGAAAGAAGUAUGAAAGAUGAUCAAGUAUAUACACAAAAAUUUAAAAAAGAUUCUAAUGUUUAUAGGCGGUCUUCAGGUGUUCUUCAGACAUUCUUUAAAGAUAUAAAUGGGAAAGGAAAACCAGACGAUCACAAAAGGAAUGUUACAGAUAAUAACUUCACAAAAGAUUAUAGAGUAAAUCGCAUUAGUUCGGUAGAUACGAAAGUGCGUUCUCAAUCCGAAGGCUCAAGAAUAAGUGUAUAUCCGCAUAAGACAAGUAAUGGUGCUAGUAAUGUUAACAAGACUGAUACAUUAGAUUCAACUACUGUAAAUAAUGUACAGUCUCUAAAGUCAUUAAAUUCUUGUUCGAGUAGUACCAAAGAUUCCACCAUUAUAAACGCAUCUACUCAUACAUCACAAGAAUCACAGGUUUUGCAAGCUUCUUGUAACGAAACUGAAGUACAAUUUGUGAAGACUGAACAAGAAAAUACUAGUAAUAAUAAUAGCAAUAAUAAAACAAGUGCUAGUAAUUCAGAAACGAAGUCGGUUAAAUUUUCGGAUAACGUUCAGGAAUUUAAUAUGGCACAUCAUUCAACAACAUCGUACUCCGAUAAUUCUAUACAUCAAACCAAGCUUCCAGCAAACUCGUAUUAUUCCGAUUUACAAAAUCCAUCAAACACAAACAAUGCUCAACAAAUAGAAAACCAUCAAAUUGUACAAAAUAAGAAUUAUUUCGAUGAUAAUAAUGCUCAAUAUAAUAAUACAACCACCAAUAUUCAGAAUACCGAACGAGAUUUACAUUUGCUGGAUGUGGUGCAUCAUAAACCAGAACAAACAUCUCACAUGUCUCCGCAAAAUAUGUUACCACACAAUUGCAAUCCAACUAUUGCCAUGGGAAAUGGCUUACCCUAUCAGAACAUGCCUGCUGUGUAUUUAAAUCAGUAUAAUAACGCGCAAACUAUACCAAGAAAAACGGCCGACAGUACAAUCAUCUCUCAAAAUCCGUUAAUUCCAAGUACCUCUUCUUAUACCAUAGAGAAUCAGAAUGUCAUGCAGACCGACCCUAGUAUUCUAAUGCAUAAUACUCAAACAUCUGUUUUACCACCGCCAGGUUUUCAUAAUCAUCCUGUAACCACACAACCGAAUCAAUGGAAUCUACCACUUCUAGAUAUGUAUCUUUUUGGAAAUGUGAUGAAUCACGGGCAUCCUUUGAACAUGCCAAUUCAAAACUCGAGACAUAUGUGCAACACGGAUUUCAAUAACAUCCAACAAACUGGUUACUUGCAGCAUCCGAUGUACUACGUUCCAUCGAUGUGUAUGCAAGGCUGGAAUUCAAUGGUACAAUAUCCAGCACCUCCGUUUCAAAAUCCAACGUAUACAAACUGUAGCACGUAUCCUAAUCAAGUAUUACCAACAAACACUUUGACAGACUCUAUGAAUUGUUCUGUACCUACAUCCAUGCAGAAUAAUCCGUACAAACAUUUCCAGCAGAUGCAACCGAUGGAGAACCCGCCGAAUUUCUCUGUCCCUGUAAAGCUAGACAAUUACAUAGGAAACAUGCAAGGUUGUAACAAGUCGAACAACGUCAGAAUGAAGAACAACACCAUGGACGUUCACAUGAGAGCUAGUCAAUACCGAGUACCCGUGCCAAACGAAUAUCAAAAUUGUUCUCAAGAUCCUCAACUUAUGGUACCGUUCCCGUACACUCUCACAAUGGACUCCAUUGCUAGGAAUGGUCCAUCGAACAUGCUCAUGCAAGUGAACCAGAAGUACGCGCCAUGCGCGCUAACUACUGCCAAUUACCCACGAAUGCCGGAGACCUGUACAGUAUACCACAACAAUCAAGACUCGAACAACAGGAAGGAUGACAUAACGAAAAACGAGUCUGAAUGCCUACCACCGAUGGUAUCACCAAGAGAGUGCAUGUACUAUGGAGUUAAUUACUCACGGAAGAACGACACCAUUCAGAAUUCAUUCGUACGGUCAGAUAUGAAGCCUGUGUCUUACGUACACUCUGUCAAUUCGCAGCAUUAUGUCCCUCAGUAUCAAAAGAACGCGACAUAUCACGCGUCGCAGAAAGAGCUCGCAUCCAACAGGGUAACAGUGGGACGUGGUUUGCGUAAAACGAUGGAUCAGUAAGCCUAGAAAAAAAGAGUGAGAAAGAGAGAGAGAGAGAGAAAAAAAGAGG